UGCAGAUAGUUUCCGAACGUACCGCGAAGCUGCGAUCGCGCCAUGCAGGUCUACGUCCCGUUGCUUGCCAUCGUUGUGAUCCUGGUCGCGUCCACGGAAUCGAAACCGUCGUGGUCCAACCUGUACAUCGACCAGUAUUCCCCUGCGUCCAGUGCUGAGGCCCUAACCGAGCUGAACCUCCAACAGACGCCGAUUUUCCAGUAUCCGCAGCAGGCCUACUCUCCGUUCUACAUCUACAAUGUGCAGACAGAAUUAAAGGACGUCCCCGCGGCCGUCAUUGCUCACGGGAAACCAGCGAUCUCCCAUAUACCCGCCUACGGCUUCUACUAUGGACAAGCUGUCUACGACUUCCGGUUCCCGUUCAGUCCGGUACUCCCGACGUUGAAACCCGUCGAGCCGAGCACGACGCCGAAACCGGAGAGUAAACCGACCGACUCCAAGCCAUCGACCGCGGAAAAGGAAGACGGCGUCGAGAAAUUGGACAAUAAAGUGGAGUCGCCGAAGAAAAUGGAGAAACCGACGCCGAUGGAGCACGCCGGCGACGACGACUCGGUCGUCAUCGAAUCGAUAUGAUAGUUCCGCCUCGUUCUCAUCGCGCGCGAGCUCGUUCCCACGGAAUGAAACGCUUCUACCGUCUUCCUCCAUCGCUCCGUCCAACAUCGCAUCAUAAGAAACAUUUGUAACUCGCCUGAGAGACAAUAAACUCGAUUUCCAUUCUUCCUUCCGGCAAUUUUCUG